CAGGUUUCUCCUGAGAGCAAGCUCUCAGCGACUCAUGUGAUGCUGAACCCCUGUCUCAGGCUCUGCUUCUGGGGAAGCCAACCUCAGGCAGGCCAUUGGAAACCAGGUAUUCUUUGGUUUAGAAAUUGGGGCUCAGGGAUCAGAGGACCAGGGGAUCAUUGUUCCUUCCAGCUCUGAAAGUCUCUAAAACGGUGUGAUUUACUCAAUCACACAAGUUAGUGGCAGAGCUGGUCCACAAACCAUGCACAGUCUGGAGGAACCAGGGUGGGGUGGGGCCUGCUGGUGAAUGUGGUGCAGAGGCCAAGGCCACAACUGUGCUUUACUGGCAGUUGUGCUCCCAGAUCAAGCUUCAUCUCAGAGCCAGAUUUCACAUUGAGCAGCUGCAGACGGAGAAAUCAGAGAAAGCACAACCCAGCCCCAGAUUCCAAGGGGCCUGCUGGGGACUCUCUCCUUCUGCUCGAGAGGGAAGGACCCCGAGGCCACUGUCUCAGGCCAGAUCCUGGCUGCCAUGGGACUCGCAGCUACUGCCCCCCAGCUGCCCUCCACACUGCCAGGCAGAUAAGGGCAGGCGCUGCCCCAGGAGCACCUGCCGCCCCCUGCCGGGCCACUCCUCUGUGGUCAACCCUCCCCCAGCUUUGGGCCACCUUUGCUGACGCGAGGCCAUGUAGGCCCCACCUGGGCCUUUGUGGAUACACACACUGCUGGGGACACCGCCUCUGCUCUCUGGGGGACACAGCGUACCACCAUGCCCCGGGGAUUCGCCUGGCUGCACUAUCUCGGGAUCUUCCUUGCCAUGGCCUUGGGGAACGAGGGUUUGGAGAUGUGGCCUUUGACCCAGAGCGAGGAGUGUGCAGUAACUGGCUUUCUUCGGGACAAGCUUCAGUACAGGAACCGCCUUCAGUACAUGAAACACUACUUCCCCAUCAACUACAGGGUGAGCGUGCCUUAUGAGGGGGUGCUCAGAAUGGCCAACAUCACCAGACUGCAGAGGGCCCAGGUCAGCCAGCAGGAGCUGCGGUAUCUGUGGGUCUGGGUGAGCCUCAGUGCUACUGAGUCAGUGCAGGAAGUGCUGCUUGAGGGCCACCCAUCCUGGAAGUUCCUGGAGGAGGUACAUACGCUGCUGCUGGAUGUUCAGCAAGGCCUCACGGAUGUGGAGGUCAGCCCCAAGGUGGAAGCAGUGGUGUCGCUCCUGAGCACCCCCAGGUUGAGCCUGAAGCUGGUACGACCCAAAGCCCUGCUGGACAACUGCUUCCGGGUCAUGGAACUGCUCUACUGCUCUUGCUGUAAACAAAGUUCCGUCCUAAAUUGGCAGGACUGUGAGGUGCCGAGCCCUCAGCCCCACAGCCCGGAGCCCUCAUCGCAGUGUGUAGCUGCCCCUCUGCCCCAGCAGCCCCCCAUCUCCCUGCCCCGCUCCCCAGGACCCAAGACUGGACCCCCGGCUCAGUGAGGCGGCUGAGGGCACAGGGCAGAGGCCUUGUGCCCCACCUGGCCUGUGUGGUGACCUGUGUGGGACAGCUGGAGGUGCUCCCGCAGGAGUUUGGUGGAGUCUGAGACUUGUCUGGGGGGGGGGGUGGGGGAACCCCCAAGACAGUGUUUUUCCCUUGAGGGAGAUUCUGUGCCUGAGAAGGGCUCAGCUUCCUGCAUUCUGUACCUCACAGUCUCACCUGGAGCAGCCGGGGUCCAGAGCCCCCUGAAGGUGGACAGAGCUUGUCCCCUCCCUGCACCACCUGGGCUGCCUCGCUUGCCUGAAGGUGGUGCCCGGCGUGUCCUGAGACCUGCAGAGGCUAGACCUGUGCCAGGUUGGGGGGUGGGCGGGCAUGGGGAAGGGGCAGAGCCAGACACCACAUCUUGCCACAGUGGAUGCUCUUCCAGUCCCUCUUAUAUUUUCUAUUAAACACUUGCUUGUUUUGUUUGGGUUUGGUUUAGUUUGCAUCUGCAGAGGUGAACCCCAAGUGCAGGAGGCAGGAGAGAGGUAGGCUUGUGUGGUCCUGGGGCCUGGGUCUGGAGAUUUGGAUUCGGGAUGGAUGAAGCCUUAGCCUGGGGGCCUGGAAAUGGUGUUUGAGGGAGGGAGUUUCUUCCAGACCUGCCUGAGUCUCCAUGAGACCAGUGGGGCAGAGGGUGUCAGGCUGAUCCUUCUCAGUGUCUCCUGGCCACCCUCGCUGGCUUCAUUGGGCUGUCCCAAGAUAGCCACCUGUAGAGACAGAGUGGAGGUAUUCAAAAGCAUAGGUCCUGAUACAGGACCUGGCCACUCCUGCCCCUCAGCCGGGAUCUGGGAUGGGAAAGGGCAGGGUGCCAGCGCUGCGCAGGGGCAGGUGAACAGGGUGGAGGAAGCCAGGCGGAGGCAGGGGUGUUAAGUACAGUACAACUUUAUUAAUACUGGAAUCUUCACAGUGCAUUUGUUACUUGUAGCAGUGACUAUUUAAAUCGGGGGGAGGGGGGAGGGGGCAGGGAGGAAAGGAUAAUUUAUCCAGAAACGGACAGAAAGAAAAGAAACAAAAUGGUUCAGAUGGGAUGGGGGUGGGGUGGGGAGAGGUGGAGGGAAGAAAGGGUGAGUAGGAACCAGGAGGGGAGACUUGGGUGGGGAAAUAAAUUAAAAAAAGGAACAAGUUAACAACAGCACCAGAAAAGUUACUUCAGUCAAAAGACGCUUUUGAAAAGAAUAUUUCUCUGUACAAAAUGAAAAAAAAAAAUGAACGUAAAGAAGUCCCCCAAACCGAAGUUUGUGAUGUGGGAUGGCUGGCUCGGAUCCCAAGGGGGUGGGCCUAAGAGGUGGUCACUAAAUGGGAGAGAGGUGGUCAGGGGGAUGGGGGAGUUAUGUACAGCCCUGGGGUGGCUUGGAGGAGAGGGGGCACAAGUCUGGGAGGGUGGCUGUGCUAUGCCCACCCCCUCCUUGGGCCUCCCAAGCCACCCCCCCACCCCACCACUCCUUACCCUGCUCACAUCACACAUCCUGCAUCUCACUCCCUCAGCCCACUUGGGUACACCCCUCCCCGGGGCUUCCCAAACUGGCCACCUGCUCUCCCGGCCUCUUCGGGCCCUCCCUUGCCUGGACUCUCUCCAGGUGCCCACACUUGGGCUCUCGGGUUGGCCUGAGCAUUCAGCGAGGCUGUUCUCAGACCUAGCGACUUACAGAUACCAUUCUCCAUCUCCCCUUGGGGAGCCUGGGGGGCUCCAUCCACUCGGGGGCAUCCUUGGUUCCUCAGAGCUGCCUGGCUGCCUUGCUUGGACCCCAGUUCCCUGCAGAACUGCCAGGAGCUCCAGCCUGGCGCUGAGACUCAGACCCAACCCCAUCCCACCCCAACCAGGAAAAGCCUGCUCUCCUGACCCUGGGAGGCCCCUGCCUUGUGGUCCCGCUGCCCUGUGAGCUUGGCUGCUCUCUCUGCUGGCCUGCGGGACAACAGGAAGCCCUCUGCUCGCCCCAGACGCACCUGCUUCUACCUGCUUAGAGCUGGCAUGCCUCGGUACGUGGAGGGGAGGGCACCCCCACCCCGCACCUAGCAUGGACUGGACUCCAGGGUGGGGGGCACUGCACCGGGAUGGCAUCUCCUCUGGCAACAGAGAGUCAAAGCCAAUCUCCCUGGACCGCCCCUGCUCCCAUCUAAGCAGACGUACUAGAGGCCCCACCCUGGCCCUCUCCAACCUUAUUUUGGCUUUGCUCCAGAAUCUGGAGAAAAAAAAAACAGCUGCCCCCUGGCUUUGGGGAAGCCAAUUAGGCCCUCCUUUUCCUGCCGUGGGCCCGCCAGGCCACUGCGAGGACCCCUGUCCCUCAGGCACUCUCGGACACCCUGUACCGUCCACCCUGUCCCCACACACAGUCCUUGUCCAGUCAGCUCUAUUUUAUUAUAUUCAUAAAAUAACCCCCACACCCUGUGCAGUUCCAGCCCCUACCCCCACAGGUGGCCAAAACCAUGACCAAAGUGCCACGAGAAUUAAAGUCUCAACAUGCCCAGAUGAGGACCAUACAUCUGACCCUCAGGCCUCUGGACUUCUUCCCUGCUGCCCUGCCCCUCAACCCUGGCUGUACCUCCCAGAGGAGGGCAAGUCAGGAUGGGAUCCACCUCGGGGUCCACAGCCUCUUCUGUGUGGGUUCCCAAGACUCAACUUGGGGCCUGUGGCCCUUGGGCCUCCUUCCUCCACAGCAGGCUGGGCCUCCCAACUUCAGUCUGCCCCCCAACUGCUACUCUGUGGAGCUUUUCAGUCAAAUCUGACACCUUAGCCGAUUGGGUGCCUGGCCCCUCCACAGACAGCCCACCUCCCUGAUUGAGAGGAGCUUGGGACAGGUGCAGAGAAGGAAGGAGAGGGGCCUGGUGGAGGGCUGUGGGGGCCAGCAUUCAGGAGAAGCCCCAGGCACCACCAACCGAGGGGAGAAGUGGGGUCAGGUCAGCUAAGCUGUGGCACUGCGGGCCCAGGCCAGAUGUGGAAAAGGCAGGGCCUGUGGAAGAGGAAGAGGAGGGGCAGAGCAGGUGAGAAACGUAUAAAACAGGCUCCACAUCCAGUUCAAGGCCUGCAGGCUCGGAGCUGGCGAGCUCUGUUAAAGAAGUCACUUCCUGUUUAAAUGUGGAAAUCCAAGGUGAGUGUCUCUUUCCAUCAAGUGGCUUUUCCUCGCGUGACUUAAACGAAAAACCAAAAGCUUGCCUGGCUCUGCUCUUCCCUUGUUGUUGCCUUCGCUCUGAGUGGCCACUGUUCACCAGCCAGGCCACCUGCCUCUCGCGGGGCCAGAGGGCAGUGCCAUCACAAGAUGCGGGGCGCCGACCUGUCGUUGGUGACGGUCCUGCGGAGACGAACCCCGCGCCGGAUGGCCACCAGCAUGUCUUCGGCCGGGGGGUCGCUGGAGGCUGCCGGGGGCGGACUGGGCGUCUCCUCUGCGGGGGUGGCGGUCAGGGCUGUAGGGAAGGGGAACUGGCCCUCGCCCAGCGCGUGGGCGCCCGCCACCAGCUCCCCGAGCUUCUCCACCAGGCUGUGCCGGUUGGCGGCCAGCUGCUGCUGCUCGUCGUCGUCCGCCAGCCCGGGGUAGCUGGCUGCCUCUGGGGCAGGGCUGGCCCAGGCCGUGUUGGGCAGGCUCAGCCUCUUCGGUGAGGCCUUGGCCAGGUCUGGUGCCAGGGGCGAGGCGGCUUCGUCGCUGUAGAAGACGCACUCCUCGCUGCCCGCCCGUGUGGGCCCUGUGUAGCCAGGGGAGUCGGGCACUGUGGGUGUCUUCACGGGGACGAUGGGCGGCCGGAUGGGGAUGGGGCCAGCGCUGGAGAGCGCGCGGCGCACAGCGGGCUUGGUCGAGGGCGUGCGGCGGAUGGUGGCCACGCCGGGGGGAGCGCCCGAGGCGCUGGGCAGCCCUGCGGUGGAGGCCGGGCGCUUGGUCUGGAUCAGGCGGCGGUAAUUCUGGGCGAUGUUGCUGUUGCGGGGGAUGGUGGAGGACUUGUCGAACUCAGCCGGACCCUCGCCAUCUGCGUCCCCAUUCACCGAGUAGCAGUCGUAGUCGGAGCCUGGGGGCACGGGAUGCCGUGGGCUGGGGCCUGGGGCAUGUGAAGGCCCGGUGCCCCAGCCCCAGCCCCGGGGCCUACCUUGGGAGGGGAUGGUGUCCUCGGAGCAGGAUGGCGUGGUGGUCUGCGUGCUGUAGCCACUGGAGUACUGCAGAGAGUCCCGGCUGCUCUUCUGGUGCUCCAGGCUCAGGCCGCGGGUCAGCACCAUGGCCAGGUCACUGGCCGCUGGGGACACCUCUUCACCAUGCUGGGGGUGGUAAGACUGCAGGCUGAGGCCUGGCUCCCCGCUGCCCCCCUCGGCUCGGACUCCGGGUAGCUCCCACCAGGUGGAUGGAGCUGGCCCCGAGACCACCUGCCGGGUCUACUGGCACUGACCUGGGAGUGAACGGGGGCACUGGCUGGGCUGCCAGGGGAGCUGAUGCCUACCUUGGCUGCGAUGGUGGCAGGGGACAUGCGUGGUCUUGGUGCCUCCUCUCCGCUGGGGCCCAGGGUGCCCCCGCUGGCCAGGCCUGGCUCUGUGUCCCGGGGGUGUUCCAUUCGGUCCUUCCUCCUCUGCAGGCUGGUGCCUGAGGGCUGCUCAUGGGGACCUGCUUUGGCCCAGUCCUGCAGGGCAUGGCAGAUGGGUCAGGGGACCCUUGGCCCUGCCGUCCACGGCUGACGGUCCUCUCACUACAGUCGAGAUACAGGGUUUUCACGCCCGUGUGGGGCCUCAGGCUCAAGAUCACUGUCAAGGGCAGAGCAUGGAGGGUGCCAUGACCCCUGGUUCCUGCCAGUCCCAGGGGUAGGAUGGCAUGACUCAGGAAGGAAAGAUGUGAGGUGUUGGGAGUGGCUGCAGGUGUGCCUAGGCGGCUUUUCCUGCAGGGAGCAGGCACUCUGCUCCCCACUCUGGUAGGCCCCGGACCCUCCCUGAGUCCCACUGCAGGCGGGGAACACUGACCGAGGUGGGGGAGCUGCACUCGCUAACAGACUGGCAGGUUUCCGAGGCCUCCGAGGACGCAGAGCUGGAGGACUUCUGCCAUGCAGAGGAGAGCAGGUGGGCGAACGGGGCAGGGAGGCAAGGAGAGAAGAUACCUGGUCACAGCACUGGCAUGCAGCAGGACAUUCGAGUUCAGCACCACACCCUGCCGCCCCUGCGAGCGUCUGCAGGCCGAGCGCACACUGUGGGCACUGACCAACCCCGUGGCCCAACCCAAGAACCAUAGGUUUUGAGAAUGAACGACAGGACUUGCGGCUGCUGAUGGCCUGGAUGUGGUGGGCAAGGGAAGGUGGGACGCUAGGAAGGACAGCACGGUUGACGGUGUCCCUGUUGUCUCAGAAGGGCAGGCGUGGGGGAAGUAGGGAGUCUAGAGUUCCAUCCUGCACAUGCAGAGCUGAGCUGCCUGUUAGGUAUCUAUGGACAGAUACAAUGUCGGCAACUGCAUUUACAAGUCUGGAGUUUAGGGAGAAGUCAAGGUUGGAGUCACAAAUCCAACAGCCUUGAGACAGAGGAAGGUCACCUUGGCAGUGAGGACAGUUAGAGAAAAGGUUCAAGGACCUCAGGCGCACCCACAUUUAGUGGCUGGCAAGAAGAGGAGGGUCCGGUGAAGGAGAGUAACAAGGAACUGCCAGAGAGGUGGUUAGAAAACCGUAAGCAGACGAUGUCACAGAACUCAGAAGGACCUGCCCUUGAGGAGAAGGAUGGUCAGCAGUGCUGAAGCUGCUGGGGGUCCAUCAGAGGGCACAGAGGCAUCGUGGACACCUCAAGGACUAUUUCAUAGACUGGGGGGGGGGGGCGCAAGUCCACUUUUGAGCGGACCGAGUGUAUAGGGGAGACUCUUGCUUUGGCCGGUUGUGGGGAGUAGGUGCCAUGGGAAACCCCCAACUGCAAAGAAAACACAAGAAUGAAGGGGUGCCUGGGAGGCUCAGUUGGUUAAGUGUCUGACUUCGGUUCAGGUCAUGAUCUUGUGGUUUGUGGGUUUGAGCCCCGUGUCAGGCUCUGUGCUAAUAGUGCAGAGCCUGCUUGGGAUUCUCUCUCCCUCUCUCAAAACAAAUAAAAAAAAAAAAGAAUGAAGAUAAAAGCAGCCAGGGUGGGCACAGGACCACGAGGGCUCCUGGGGGCACAUGUGGAGUGCAGCACAGUGGUUGGGAGACUGGACAAGGGGCUAGGUGGAGAGCUCACCCUGUGAUGGGGUCCAUUAUUACAGCACCUCUGCCCUGUCAAAUUCUCCAAAUCAUCUUUAAUUUAGAUACUGGGAUAUUUCAGUUUGUGAUGAACCAAGAUCAACAAAACAAAAGGAAACAAAGCAUCACAGGUGAGGAUUCAGAUGAAGCAAGCAACAAAUUUGGAUGUUUAUCAGUGUAAUUGUUAAAGCAAGAACCAAUGGAAAAAGCUCUUGGAACAGUCAGUGGAAAAAUUUAGGGCUAAUUCAUGAACAAACACUUAAACAGGGCUAGAUGAGAGCUUCCUUAUCUGAUAAAGGGGAUCUUCAAAACUAUCAAUACCUUUCCCUCUGAGGAUGGGAAAAAGAUAAGGAUGCCCAGGAUCGGGAUGCCUGGGUGGCUAAGUCGGUUAAGCGUCCGACUCUUGAUUUUAGGUCAGGUCACUAUCUCAGUUUCGUGAGAAACUGUGAUGGUGCAGAGACUGCUUGAAGUUCUCUCCCUCCCUCUCUCUUUGCCCCUCCCCUACUCGCAAUACAUUUCUCUCAAAAUAAACAAACUUAAAAAAAAAAAAAAAAAGAUGGCUACCAUCACCAUUUCUGUUCAACAUUGGAAGUCCUAGCAGGCAGUAAGGCAAGAAAAAGCAGUAAAAAGCAAAAGGAUUGGAAAGGAAGAAAACAGUGGUCAUUAUUUAUAAAAGACAUGAUUGUUGUAUAGGUAGAAUAUUCAAAAGAAUCUAUAAUUAUCAGACCUAAGUGAUUUUAAUAUAACUUAAUAAAAUCAAUUUACCAAAAAAAAAAAAAAAUCAAGUCUCUAAAUAUCAGCAGCCAACAAAAAAAAUCCGACAAAGCCAAUAUAAUUUAAAAUAGCAUCAAUAAACAUCAACUACCCAAGGAAAAAAAUCCAGUGAAAGACGUGCAAGAUCUUUACGUGCAAACUGCAAAACCUUACUGAGAAAAGGAAAAGCCAAAAUAAAUGGACAGAUUUAUGCAAUCCCAGCCAAAACCCCAGGAGGUGUUGUUACUGUUUUUCUGAUGGAAACUGACAAGCUGGUAUUAAGGAAUAUAAGGAAUUACAAAGGCCAAGGUGAUACUGAAGAAUAACAAAGCUGGAAGACUUCUGUUACCAGAUAUCAAAAAUGUUUAUAAAGUUACAAUAAUGAAGACUAGUAUGGUAUUGUAAAAGAGCACAGUUCAACCAGCAGAACAGAAUAUAAACUUCCUUGGGUGCCUGGGUGACUCAGUUGGUUAAGUGUCCAACUUUGGCUCAGGUCAUGAUCUCACAGUUUGUGAGUUCGAACCCCACAUCAGGCUCGCUGCUGUCAGCAAAGAGCCAGCUUCCGAUCCUGUGUUCCUCCCCUCCCCACUUUCAAAAAUAAACAAACAUUAAAAAAAAUAAAAAACACAAACUUCCAAAACAGCUACAGGUAUACAGGUAACACUGCAGUGCAGGGGGGAAAAGAUGGCCUUUUCAAUAAAUUGCUAAUUAGAUAUCUGUAUGGAAAAAAGGACCCCCAUCUCAUACGUCCCCUGCCCCCCCCCCCCAUCAAUUCCUGAUGAGCUGCAGAUCUAAAUGAAAAAGGUAAAAGAAAAAGGCUUUCAGAAGAAAAUGUCUUUGUGACCUUAGAGUACACAAACAUAUCUCAAGAUACAAAAAGCAUUGGAAAUUUUAAAAAAUGAAUACACUGGACAUCCAUUAAAAUUAACAGUUUUACAAAGAUGUAAAAGAUCUGUUUGCUGAAAACCAUAGAAAGCUUAUGAAGGAAAUUGAAGAAGACACAAAGAAAUGGAAAAACAUUCCAUGCUCAUGGAUUGGAAGAAUAAAUAUUGUUAAAAUGUCAAUACUACCCAAAGCAAUCUACACAUUCAAUGCAACCCCAAUCAAAAUUGCACCAGCAUUCUUCUUAAAGCUAGAACAAGCAAUCCUAAAAUUUGUAUGGAACCACAAAAGGCCCCGAAUAGCCAAAAUAAUAUUGAAGAAAAUCAAAGCAUCACAAUCCCAGACUUUAGCCUCUACUACAAAGUUGUAAUCAUCAAGACAGUAUGGUAUUGGCACAAAAACGGACACACAGACCAAUGGAAUAGAAUAGAGAACCCAGAAUUGGACCCACAAAUAUAUGGCCAACUAAUCUUUGACAAAGCAGGAAAGAGUAUCCAAUGGAAAAAAGACAGUCUCUUUAGCAAAUGGUGCUGGGAGAACUGGACACCCACAUGCAGACGGAAGAAACCAGACCACCUUCUUACACCAUACACACAAAAAAACUCAAAAUGGAUGAAAGACCUGAAUGUGAGACAGGAAAACCAUCAAAACCCUAAAGGAGAAAGGAGGAAACAGCCCCUUUGACCUCUGCUGCAGCAAUUUCUUACUUGACACAUCUCCAAAGGCAAGGGAAUUAAAAGCAAAAAUGAAGUACUGGGACCUCAUCAAGAUGAAAAGCUUCUGUACUGCAAAGGAAAUAAUCAACAAAACUAAAAGGCAACCAACGGAAUGGGAAAAGAUAUUUGCAAAUGACAUAUCGGAUAAAUGGCUAGUAUCCAAAAUCUAUAAAGAAGUUACCAAAUUCCACACCUGAGAAACAAUCCAGUGAAGAAAUGGACAGAAGGCAUGAACAGACACUUUUCUAAAGAAGGCAUCCAGAUGGCCAACAGACACAUGAAACAAUGCUCAACGUCACUCCUUAUCAGGGAAAUACAAAUCAAAGCCACACUGAGAUACCACCUCACGCCAGUCAGAGUGGCUAAAAUGAACAAAUCAGGAUAACUAUGGAUGCUGGCAAGGAUGUGGAGAAAGGGGAACCCUUUUGCACUGUUGGUAGGAAUGCAAACAGGUGUAGAUGCUCUGGAAAACAGUGUGGAGGUUCCUCAAAAAAUUAAAGAUAGAUCUACCCCGUGGCCCAGCAAUAGCACUGCUAGGAAUUUACCCAAGGGAUACAGGAGUGCUGAUGCAUAGAGGCACAUGUACCCCAAUGUUUAUAGCAGCACUUUCAACAAUAAUAGCCAAAUGAAAAGAGCCUAAAUGUCCAUCAACUGAUGAAUGAAUAAAGAUGUGCUUUAUAUAUACAAUGGAAUACUACUUGGCAAUGAGAAAGCAUGAAAUUUGGCCAUUUGCAGCAACGUGGAUGGAACUGGAGCAUAUUAUGCUAAGUGAAAUAAGUCAGUCAGAGAAAAAACAAAUACCGUAUGCUUUCACUCAUAUGUGGAUCUGGAGAAACUUAACAGAAGACCAUGAGGGAGGGGAAGGGGGAAAAAAAGUUGUAGGGAGGGAGGCAAACCAUAAGAAACUUUUUUUUUUUUUUCCCUCAUAAGAAACUCUUAAAUACAGGGAACAAACUGAGAGUUGAUGGGCGCUGGGGGACAGCAGAAAGUGGGUGAUGGACACUGAGGAGGACACUUAGUGGGAUGAGCACUGGGUGUUGUAUGGAAACCAAUUUGACAAUAAAUGAUAUUAAAAAAGAUAAAAUUAAGAAUUUUAGGUCAUUAAAAGACCCAAUUAAGAGUAAAGGCUCAGAGAAAACCCCAGAUGAAGGAGUGGUGUUGUAUCCAUAAUACAUAAGGAGUUCUAGGAUCAAUAAGAAAAAAAAAAUAAAACUUAGUAGAAAAAUGGGCAAAAUCCUGAAUAGGUCCUUCAUAAAAGAGGACAGCCAAGUGGCCUUCAGAAGUAGGAAAUGGUGUUCAAUCUCAUUCCUCAUUAGGGAAGGACGAAUUUCAAACACAGGCGCUACCACUAUACACCCCCCAAGAAGGGCUUAAAUGAAAAAGAUGCUAAAUACCAAGGGCUGGUGAGGAUGAAGAACAGCAAUAAACCAUUGCUAUGGUAUUCUCUUACCAGAAAUGUAUGACCUCCAUCUAAUUAUGUGAAGACACAGGACACACCCAAACUGAGAGACGUUCUAUAAAAUACCUGACUGGUAUUCUUCAAGAGCAUCAAAGACAUGAAAGAAGAAGGGCUGUAGAGGUGCUACAGACUGGAGAAGCCCCAAAAGAUACAACAAUUAGAUGCGACACAGGGUCCUGUGCUGGAUCCUGGACUCCUGGACCAGAAAAGGGAUCUGAGUGAGAAAAUGAGCAACAUUUGGAAAAAGACCACAGGUUAGUUAAUAGUAUUGUGCCAGUGUUCGUUCCUGGUUUGGUAGCUACAUAACAGGUUAACAUUAGGGGAGCUUGGGAGGAGCAGGUGGGAACUCUGUACUCUUUUUGCAACUUUUCUACAAGACUGAAAUUAUUUCAAAAUAACAGUUUAGAAAAAAAGCCUUAAUGGAAAGGUUAAAAAGCUGUAACCUAGACUUGAAAAGUAAAUUGGAAGACAGACCUGACUAAAUGAUCCAGAACAUCAUACCGAGAGGCGGGGAGAAGGAAAAUGUGAUAACUGAGAGAACCAUACACAGAAGGAUAAAUGAGAAGGUCCAGCAACACACUGAAUUGGAAUCUCAGAAGGAGAGAACAGAGCCAAAGUAGGAAUAGAGAAAUCAUGGCUGAAAAUUUCCAGAACACGUGAAAGACAUGAAUAUGAAGAUACAGGAAUACAAACCCAUCAAAUGAGACUAAAUAAAAACAAAUCUGCAACUAAGCACAAACUGAAGAGCAAAGAUGUUACAAGUGACCAGGGACGCAAAGGCCCAACAAUCUGACUGAUGGCAGACCUCUCAAUCGACAAUGGAAGCCAGGACACAGUGGAAAAAUACCUUCCAAGUGGUGGAGAGAGAAUAACUGUCACAUCAGAAUUGUGUCCCUGGCAACACUUUCAAGACAGACGACAAAAGGAAGCAUGUUUACAGAUUUAAAAAAACCCUGAGAAUUUACCACUACAGAUCUAUUCUAAAAGAACUUCUAAAGGAUGUGCUGUAUACUUCAGAAAGAAGAAGAGUUAAGGUAUAAGAACAAAUGAUGAACAAAGAAAUGUGUAAACAUAUGGGUAAAUCUAGACAAAUACUGUAUGCACAAAAUAAUAGUAAAGUUAAGAAAAUAAAUGUCAUGUGGUGCCUGGCUGGCCUAGUUGGAGCGUGAGACUCUUGAUCUCAGGGUUUUAAGUUUGAGCCCCACAAUGGGUGUAUAGAUUACUUAAAAAUAAAAUCUUUAAAAAGGAAAAAGAAGGAGGAGGAGGUAGAGGAGGAGGGGGAGGAGGAGGAGGAGAAAAAUGUCAUCUGUGAGUGUCAUAAAAAAGUAGAGAAUAAUAUAUAUUAGCUUAUAAGUUGGGAGAACCCACUGGUGACUGAAGUUAAAAUAUUUAUUGAAGUCUUUGAAUUAUUCAGGAGUUGGGCCUAAGAAUGCAUGGUAAAAUUUCAAGAUAUCCUAUAAAAGAAAUACAAUAUAACUUACAGUUUAGUAGAGGGAAACAAAUGAGAGAAGGAAAAAAAAGUAAAGGACAAGGGAAGAGACAUAAGAGGCACAGAAAAAGUAGAAUGUAUAAAAAGACAGGAAUCCAAAUAUGUCAAUAAUCACAAUAAAGAGAAGUAGACUAAAAAUGCCAAAUCAAAAGAUAGAGAUUGUCAGACUGGAUAAAAGAGAAUCUAGGCAUCUGUUGUUUAUAAGAGACUCAUCUAAAACAUAAGGAUAUAGUGAGUUUAAAAGUAAAGAGAUGGGAGGGGUGCCUCGGUGGCUCAGUUGGUUAAGCCUCCAACUCUUUUUUUUUUAAAUUUCUUUUAACAUGUAUUCAUUUUUGAGAAACAAAGAAAGACAGAGCAUGAGUGGGGGAGGGGCAGAGAGAGAGGGAGACACAGAAUCGGAAACGAGCUGCAGGCUCUGAGCUGUCAGCACAGAGCCCGACUUGGGGCUCGAACCCAUGAACUGUGAGAUCGUGACCUGAGCUGAAGUCGGACGCUCAACCAACUGAGUCACCCAGGUGCCCCAAGCCUCCAACUCUUGAUUUCAACUUGGGUCCUGAUCUCACAGUUCCUGGGAUCCAGCCCCACACGGGGCUCUGCACUGACAGCAUGGAGCCUACUUGGGAUUCUCUCUCUCCAUCUCUCUCUCUCUGCCCCUCCCCUGCUCUCUUUCUCUCUCUCUUGCGAAAUAAACAAACAUUAAAAAAAUAAAACAGAUGGGAAAUGGUAAUAUAAAUCUUGAACAGGAUAAAGCUGAGAUAGCUGUAGUAAUAUCAGACGAAACAGGCUUUUAGAAAGCAUUGUAAGGAACAGAGGACCAUCAUGUUAGAAGAUUGAAUUCACUAUGAAGACUUAAUAUCUUAAACUUGUCUGUACCUAAUAAAACAGUCUCAAAAUAUGUACAGCAAACAUGGAUGGAACUAUAUGGGAGAAAUUAAAAAAUCUAAAAUUUUUCAGUUAUAAAUAGGUGAAGCUGAUAGGAGUGAAUGAGAAAUAGGUAGAAUUGGUCAGUGCAGACAAUUCUUAAAUUUCCUUGUGAAGGAAGCUAGGUGACUGGAGGAUAACAUGGAAGGAAGGGAGGGCUUUUAAGAUGCGUGAUACUAAGAGUGCCUGGGUGGUUCAGUCGGUUAAACAUCUGACUUCAUUCAGCUCAGGUCAUGAUCUUGGGGUUCACGAGUUCAAACCCUCCAUCGGGCUCUGUGCUGACAGCUCAGAGCCUACAGCCUGCUUUGGAUUCUGUGCCUCCCUCUCUCUCUGCCCUUCCCCACUUGUACUCUGUCUCUCUCUCAAAAAUAAAUAAAACAUUUAAAAAAUUUAAAA